AUGGUCAAUGACCAGGGUCACAGUACUCUUACCUCUGAUGGUAUAGAAGCCUUAAGACUGGUUGCUCUCAGAACGUGGAGUCGAAACCUUACAGCGUGGCUUCAUGUGCCCAUAGGAAUUAUAAGCAUUCUUCUUGCAUGUUUUGGCAUUGAUUCUUUGAUUGGGAUGAGCUCAGUGUCGUUCCCAGCAUCUGUUGCUUGCUUGAUCUUGCUGUUGCUUGGUCUGAUUUUAAGCGAUUUUGCUAUUGGAGAUCGCAAGACAAGAGCUAUCGUCAAAGUGAUUGAUAUUCCGGCUGGAUUUGCGCUCCGAUAUCUCAACAUAUUUUUCACACCUUCUUUCAUCCUGCUUCCGCUGAGCCCUCCAAUCGGGGGAAUAGAGGUUGCAAAGAUCAUUGCAGUAUUCCUCAUCGGUUUCGUCGUCGUCAUGGCAGCAACAGCCUACUUCGUUCGAUUUCUCCAACUCCUUCUCGGUUCAUCUAAGCGAGCAAUAACAGCACGAGCCGAAGAAAUGGGCGACGAGACCGACGAGAUUCCCCUCACAGAUAUCACACCAGUAAGAAAUAACUCCCAAGUCACCAUACUCAUGAAUGGAACCAGUACGCCGCGUUCUAUGGACGAAUCUACCAAUGAUUUGAUAGCACCGCAGCGAGCCCAAGAUCCUUCUCUAAUCCGAGGGACUGGUGGGCCGCCAGAAGAAAAUAACACACCCCCAGCGAGUACUCGCCCGAAUCCUAUGUUGCAGACACCGUCUCCUCUCACACGUCCACAGCGCUGGGCAGCGUUCAUCAACUCCAACAUCGAUAGACUUACCUACCUCAUUCUCUUUCUCUUCGUCGGACUUCCCAUCUACUACGGAACAGGCUACGCAAUGCCAGCACAACUCACACUCACAACGAUUGCUUACUUCACCGCCCUCGCUCUCCCUCCAAAUUGGAAACGAGUCUUCCAUCCUGUCCUAGUCUCAGCAACCAUCACUGUACUUGGGGUUUACAUCUUGGGCGUGAUCAAAGGCGACAACCUCCCUACCUCCUUGCACUCCUUCAGAACAGGUACUCGCUAUCUCGACCUCUGGCACGGGAAGAGGAACCUCAGAGCACCAGGAGCAGGAGACGUCCUAGUCAGCAUCCUCGAUGCCGGUAUCGUCGCUCUCGCUCUACCCAUGUUUGCGUACCGGCAAGAGCUCAAGCGGCAUUUCUUCGCCAUCGUCAUACCAAACGUGUCGGUAUCGAUCGGAUCUCUUUUUGGCUAUCCGGCUGUAUGUUACGCUAUUGGGAUUUCGGCUGAGAGGAGUCUUGCUUUUGCCGCAAGGAGUUUGACACUGGCGCUGGCGACGCCGGCGGUGGAGAAUUUGAAGGGUGAUGUCAAUACAAUCGCGGCUUUAGCGAUUAUGAGUGGGAUACUGGGGGCCCUGGUUGGAACACAGAUGCUUGAUUGGAUGCAGAUACCUGAAGAUGACUACGUAACAAGAGGGGUAACUCUGGGAGGUAGUUCGUCUGCGAUUGCUACAGCAGUCUUGCUUCAAAGCGAUCCAAGAGCUGCGGCUUUAUCAAGUUUAAGCAUGAGCUUAUUCGGAAUUAUCACUUUGGCUUUGACUUCAGUUCCAGCAAUCGUAAAGGCCGUUGACUCCUUGGUCGGUUUAUGA